AUGGUCCUUGCCCGCGUGGCCGACUUCUUCACGAACGGAGAUUCCACACAAAACAUCGUCGACAGCACAGGAAGAGAUGUUGCAGAUACAGCAGAGAGCAUGGCAAAGAACGCGGCGGACACAAUGCAAACAGCGGUUGAAGAGGAGAUAGAUGUGGAUGCCGCGAGACCCCCAUAUAUACAUGCAAUGUUGGCUGGAGGCAUUGGAGGUACCACUGGCGAUAUGCUGAUGCAUUCACUAGACACGGUGAAGACACGGCAGCAGGGCGACCCCCACAUGCCACCGAAAUACACCUCAAUGGGCUCGACCUACUACACGAUAUGGAGGCAGGAGGGCAUACGGAAGGGGCUAUAUGGAGGGGUGCAACCAGCAUUCCUCGGAUCAUUUGUUGGAACAGUGUGCUUCUUUGGUGCAUACGAGUGGAGCAAGCGAGCCAUGAUCGACAAUGGUGUUGCGCCUUCGAUAGCCUACUUCUCGGCUGGUCUUAUCGCUGACCUAGCCGCUGCGCCAGCAUACGUGCCAUCCGAAGUCCUCAAAACUCGUUUGCAAUUACAAGGCCGCUAUAAAAACCCAUACUUCAAUUCUGGAUACAAUUACCGCGGGACCGUGGAUGCUAUAAGGACGAUUAUCAAGACAGAAGGCUACAGUGCAUUAUUCCAUGGCUACAAGGCAACUCUUUGGCGAGAUCUACCCUUCUCAGCACUGCAAUUCGCGUUCUAUGAGCAAGAGCGGGGAUGGGCAAAAAAAUACAUGGGGUCGAACAAUAUUGGUCUGCCUUUAGAGAUUGCAACUGCAGCGAGUGCAGGAGGCAUGGCCGGUGUCAUCACAACACCACUCGACGUGGUGAAGACGCGCAUACAGACGCAACAUAACGAGCCUUCAGUGGCGACUUCCACUUCGCGAAAGACAGCACCGCAGUCGACAACAACGUCAAAACAUACAACCACGCCCACCGCCACGAAAAAUACUACCUCAACACAGUCUAGACUGAUCUCAACAUCCUCUCCUUCCACAACACUCAAGGCCCAUGGCGCAGCCACCCUUGAUACCUCCUCCGUCCUGACAGGUCUAAAGAUCAUAUAUAAGACCGAAGGUGUGGCUGGUUGGUUCCGAGGUGUGGGUCCAAGAUUCGUCUGGACUAGCGUACAAUCUGGCACGAUGUUGGUCUUGUACCAGACGCUUUUGAGAUUUUUCGAAGACCAUCCCCUCGUCACAGGAGGAGGAGACAUGUAA